GUUCAGAAAAAGGCAUCGGGGCCAUAGCGCGCUUUCGUGUCGCCCAUUGUUAUCCUCGUCGCGUGUAAUGGCUACCGCGAAGUUUGUUGACGGUGCACAGCCUGCUUUCUCGCGCAUCGACGUAUCUUGAGCGUGGGAUAAGCUGCGGUACGCGGGUUGUCCGCUUCGAAGCUAAGACGGGCUUUCUUCGGAUAAACUUGAGCGCGCGGUACCGCCAAUUUUUAUGACACCGAGACGCCCGCGCUUCGUACAGGACUCGCCGCAGCCGCCACCGCGCUGCUUGGACGACAUGAUCUGCGCGGGCCAACGUUGUUCAGUGACAAGCGUGUGAUUUCGACGCGCGAAAUUAAGGUUGCCCAAGAACCCCGGCAGAACGAAUAAGAGGCUUAAGUUAUUACGAGGAUAUUGUUUAACAAGCGCCACAAGGAAAUACACGUUUUGAAUGUGCUGAAAGAAAAUAUCUUGUGCCUGUGUACGACCGUCAUCGAUCUCUCUCACUCUCUCUCUCCCCCCCUCUCUCUCUCUCACUCAACUCUCUCACUCCCUCUUUCUCUCUCUCUCUCUCUCUUUCUCUCUCCCUUUCUCGCUUGCUCUCAUUCUCGCGCGCGUCCACGGCUCUUCGAAGAAUACAAAAAUCAUCGGUUUUGUGAAUGCAUCAGCGGUAUAGUUAUUCGAAACUCGGGAAAGCAUCAUCGUCGGCGCGUACAGGCUAAACGGUCGCACGGAACCACGCGCCGCGUCGCCGCCGCCACCGCCGCCGCCGCCGUUACCGCUGCCGCUGCCGCCGCCACAACCGCCGCCACCGCCGCCGCCGACGCCGCGGCCGCUGCCGCCGUCACCGCUACUACCACCGCCACGACCACCGACACCGCCGCCGUCAUGGCAACUAGAAGAUCGUCGCCCGCCCGGCAGCCGGACGUUUAACCCGUGCGCCGUCUCUAUAAGACCAUAGCACGGUCAAAGACAACACAUCAAUGGCCUUAGAAUCAAAUGGCAACAACGUGGUUUGGUUAAAUGCAACCCGUCUUAAUCAUAUACGACAGAACCAACCUAUUGUGCAGCCACUGAAGUGUUCCAUGUUCACACAAACUGAACAAACCAACAGUUUCACUCAAACGGAGCAAAGUAAUUCAAGUUACGGAGAUCAAAGACAGCAAGCAGCAAUGUUUGACCCACAACAAAUUCAACAGCAGCAAGCUGCACAGGGCCAACAAUCGCAGCAACAGCAAUCUCAACAGAUGUAUGUAACAGAUAAAAAGGAAGAUAAAUCACAACAACAAUCUGCAACAGCAGAAUUUCCUUUUUAUUAUAAUGUGAACAUGCUUCAAAAAGUUCAGACAAAUGCAGUGAGCACAAUUGGUGCCAUAACAACAGAUGAUAAAGGUUGUUAUCGUUUUGAUGUCCAGCCGGUUGGAUAUAAUACAUUAUUAAAUCAGAUGAGCAUUGCGGCUGCAACUAAUGCAACCUUUAAAUGUGAUAUAUGUGGUCUGGUGUUUGGUCACAUGAGUUUGUUGAAUCAUCAUAAACGAAUUCACAACACUACACCGAGUAAUUUGCAACAACAGCCACAACAAGUUGUUGUCCAAACACCAACGACAGUGACUGUAGCUACUACACCUGAAAGACCGUAUACUUGUGAUGUCUGUGGAGCUUGUUUUGCACUGCCUGGAGAAUUGAAAAGUCAUAAAACAAAUAUGCACCAAAAACCAAAAGUGCAAAUAUGUGAAGAUUGUGGUAGUGAAGAUCCGUGCGAACAUCAUCCCACAAAAAUCAAAAAGACAAUUAAACCUGGUCAUCAUCCAGUAAAACGAAGGGGAGUUACUAGUGUUACCAAAUGUCAUAAAUGUAAUGGCACAGGAAUAAUAUUCAUCGGUAAACACGACGAAAAACUAGAUUCUGGAAUCAGUUCCCUCGCAAAGUGUGGCGGCUGCAAGGCAACAGGCCGCAUCAUCAUAGGAAGUGGCAAACAAAACAGUCAGAACCAAGCGGAGAAGCCAUUUCAUUGUAAUGUAUGUGAUGGUACAUUCUCCCGGUAUUCUUCACUUUGGUCUCAUAAGCGGUUGCACUCGGGUGAUAAACCAUUCAAGUGCGAAGUCUGUGGUUUAGCUUUUGCAAAAGCUGCUUAUUUGAAAAAUCAUGGACGAGUUCACACCGGAGAAAAACCAUUUAAAUGCAGUGUCUGUGGGAUGCAAUUCUCACAGAGUCCUCAUCUGAAAAAUCAUGAAAGAAUUCAUUCUGGCGAACGUCCGUAUCAAUGUGAAGUCUGCGAAAAAACAUUUGCUAGACAUUCAACUCUCUGGAAUCAUAGGAGAAUUCAUACUGGUGAAAAGCCUUACAGAUGUAAUAUUUGUGGUUCCGCCUUCAAUCAAGCAACACACCUGAAAAAUCACGCGAAAGUUCAUACUGGUGAGAAACCACAUAGAUGUGAUAUAUGCGAGAUAGGAUUUUCUGACCGUUUCGCAUUAAAACGACAUCGUGCAAUUCAUGAAAAGUAUGGACAAACGGCUCGAAACCAGAACACAAAUAAUCCAAGUAAUGCACAACAAACAAAUGCAAGUAGUCAACAGCAGCAGCAGCAGCAGCAACCUCAACAAGGGCAACAAGGGCAACAAGUUGUUGUAGUGAAUGCCACAACUCCUGUAACUGUCAGUCAGGGUCAAGGUCAAGCAGUCAUGCUCGAAGAAGUCUACAAAUGUCAAGUGGCCUUCCCAGAACCCAAAUGAUUCAGCUAGAGAAUACCUUUCAGGAGUUGGUAAAAAGGGUUAUUUUUUGACCUUAUUAAACAAUUACUACAUAAUGGAAUUUAUGGAAUAUGCGUGUCAGGAUAUGAUAUAAAAAUGAAGACUACAUGGAAAACGUUUAGUGUUUGGUGUGAGGAUUAAUACGUUUGUGACGACUCAGGUCCUAUAAAUCGACGCUCAUUGACUGUCACGUAGGUGUAGUUCAAGAGCAAAAGUUUUCAGUGACUCUGCGAUCUCAACGCGAGUGAGUAGUUUGGUAAAAAUAUAACUUGGAAGAGUCCGGCUCGUAAAAUAUUAUAAACUCUCAGCCGCUAUCAUUAAUGAAAUUUCUCAUGAAUUAAUACCAGAGGUAUGAAAAAAAACAAAUCUACUUUAUAUUUUGUUACUCAGAAUAGAAAUUACGACAUCAGAUUCGAUAAUAACCUAUUUCACAAUAUACUGGCAUAGUCUUGGAAUUUAUUUGCGAAUGAAUUUGUAAAAUUUCAUUUGUUCUCCUAAUGUAUAAAUGCCUUUUUAUGGGAAUGAAAAAUGGUGAAAGUGUUGUUAUAACUUCAUGACUCGUUAAAUACCAGUCUGCAGUAGCUUUAAGAAGUUUCAAUUAGAACUGACAUUGAAAUUAGUGACUAUACAUCAGUUUAAGACUGUCACUAUGCGUGCUAAUGAUCACCGAAUCACAUAGAAUUAAUUGUUUUUCAGUGAGUCAAAAAUAUAUACAUUGCGGCGUCUAAAAAAAAAAGAAAAAAAAAAUGAAAAAAAAAAAUGGAAAAAAAAAAACAAAAAAAGAAUGAGUUUGUUAGCAUUGACCAAAACCUUGAAAACCCUUUAAGGCGUUACAAAAGUAUUUCGCGAAUAAAAAAAGUCAAUGUCAUUGAAAUUGUCAUCAUUUUAUACCACAGUUGAAAGCUGGGGGAAUAGACGUUAAAAAUCGAAUAGCUACACAUACAUUUGACGGCAUCUUUGCAUUUGCGGACGUCGUGGAACGGAACGAUAUCGCGAUAUAUAAGCGCGAGCCCUCUUCCGUCCAGUCAUUCGGGAUCAGAACAUACGCUACCGCGAUGACAACGACCGCGAUAAUGUCAGCAAGGAUAUUACUACGUGAACAAGGUUUAUAUCUUAUUGGAGCUGCAAUAAUAAUAGUGAAUAUCGACGGGCAGACUAAUCUGUUUUAUAAUUUUAAGACCGAGAACUAUAUAAAUAUCAGUUACUAAAUAGAUGCUAGUUUGUAAUAGAAAAUAGCUGACUAAAUAAUCUAUACAUAUA